AAUAUUUUAGUGAAAUACAAAAUCUUAGUGUGGUGCAUGAAAUGUUACGCACAUGUUUGUUGAUUUCAAAUAUAAUGUGUGGUGUGUUGGAGUAAACACUGUGAGUCUCUAAACAACAUAACCUUGCGAUAAAUAUUCACAAGACUUGUAAGUUAAUUUUAUUCAAAAUAAUGGCAGCCUGUGUCGGAAAUAGUUGUAUACCAGGAGAAACACUACAAGAAGAACGGCAGGAAUCAUCAGAUAUUAGAAAAGUGGUUCUUGGAGAUGGAUUAAGAUGUAAUAUAGUCGCAAGUUCAGAAGAACACUCUCUUCCAGUAAUAACCAAAAACGGUAUACUGAGGAGAAGAAAACCAAACAUUUAUUAUGUGGACAGCUAUCAGAAACGCUACAUUCCUUCAAAAAACGACUCAGUUAUUGGAAUAGUAACAACGAAAACAUUAGAUUUCUUCUGGGUAGAUAUCAACGCUUCAGAACCAGCAGCGCUCUCUUACCUCGCAUUUGAAGGUGCAACGAAAAAGAAUCGUCCGGAAAUAAACGUUGGCGAUCUUGUCUUUUGUAAAGUUGUUUUAGCUCAUCCUGAUCUUGAACCUGAGCUUGUAUGCGUUGACUCGACAGGAAAGAAAGGGAAUCUCGGACAAUUGAAUGAUGGAAUCAUGUUUUCUUGUAGUAUUAAUCUAGUGAGAAAAGUUCUCAAUGAAAAAUGUCGCUUGUUGCAUUUGUUGUCAAAGGAAACUCCUUUUGAACUUGUAGCUGGAAUUAAUGGAAGAAUUUGGGUGAACUCCAAUUCUCUUCGGAAAACAAUUUUAUUAAGGGAUACAAUUCUUAAAGCUGAACACACGCCAUACGAGGAAAUGUCAAACAUUGUCAAUGAUUUUGCAACAGAACUGACAGGAAUCCCUUAAAUGAUCACUAAAUAAAAG